UCCCGGCGGCAGCGCUCGGCAGAGGCUCCGAAGGCUCCCGGCCCCGCUGCUCGCCCAAGCGUCCGCCCCGCGCCCGCGUCCCAGCCAUGGCAAGAAACCACCAAGUGCAGAAGGCCAAGCUGGCCGAGCAGGCUGAGCGCUACGAGGACAUGGCAGACUUCAUGAAGGCGGUGGUGGAGCACGGGGACGAGCUCUCCAACGAGGAGCGCAACCUCCUCUCGGUCGCCUACAAGAACGUGGUGGGCUGCCAGCGCUCGGCCUGGAGGGUCAUCUCCAGCAUCGAGCACAAAACCGAAGAGGGCGACGACAAAGCUCAGGUGGUGAACGAGUACCGGGAGAAGGUGGAGCAGGAGCUGAACGCCGUCUGCAACAACGUCCUGGGCUUGCUGGACAAGUAUCUCAUCAAGAAGGACAGCGAUACCGAGAGCAAGGUCUUCUACCUGAAGAUGAAGGGUGACUACUUCCGAUACCUGGCCGAGGUGGCCAGCGGGGACGACCGGCUGUCGACGAUAGAGAAGGCCCAGGAGGCCUACCAAGAGGCCAUGGACAUCAGCAAAAAGGAGAUGCAGCCCACGAACCCCAUCCGCCUGGGGCUGGCCCUCAACUUCUCGGUGUUCCACUACGAGAUCGCCAACGCCCCCGAGCAGGCCAUCUCCCUGGCCAAGACCACCUUCGACGAGGCCAUGGGCGACCUGCACACGCUCAGCGAAGACUCCUACAAGGACAGCACCCUCAUCAUGCAGCUGCUCAGGGACAACCUCACGCUAUGGACAGCCGAGUGUGCCGGAGAAGACGGCGGCGAGGCUGGCGAAGAGCCCAAGAACUGAACGUCCCCUGCCGAGCCGGGGACCGGCCCCCACCUGCCCCUGCUCCAGACCCUGCGGCAUCUCUUCAUGGUUUUUUUGUUUUGUUUUGUUUUGUUUUGUUUUGUUUCGUUUGGGUUUUUUUU